AUGUACAGAAAUCAAUAUGAUUCAGAUAUCACAACAUUCAGUCCAUCGGGACGUAUUCAUCAGAUAGAGUAUGCUAUGGAGGCAGUGAAGCAAGGUAGUGCUGCUGUUGCACUCAAGUCGAAACAGUACGCAGUGUUGGUAUCACUCAAGAGAUCCAGUUCAGAGUUGGGUUCAUAUCAAAAGAAAAUAUUUGUCGUCGACGAUCACAUUGGUAUUGCCAUCUCUGGUUUGACCGCUGACGCCAGAGUCCUCUGUAACUAUAUGAGAAACGAAUGUGCAAACUAUAAAUACGUCUACGAAUCAGAUAUGAGAGUUGAACGUUUAGUUACAAAAGUUGCUGAUAAAUCACAAGUUCAUACUCAAAGAUAUGGUAGAAGACCAUAUGGUGUUGGUUUAUUAGUUGCUGGAUACGAUCAAACCGGAGCUCAUAUUUAUCAAACAUGUCCAUCAGGUAACUUUUAUUCAUAUAAAUCUAUUUCGAUUGGUGCAAGAUCACAAUCGGCCAAGACCUAUCUUGAGAAGCACUUUGAAGCAUUCGAAGGAUGUUCAUUACAAGAAUUGAUUGUACACGGUUUGCGUGCACUCAGAGAAACCAUUCCAAACAGUGACACUGGUCUAACUUCAAAGAACGUUUCAAUCGGUAUAGUUGGUCACGAUCAACCUUUUAAGAUCAUCGAAGAUGAACAUACUGCUCCAUACGUAACUAUCAUUCAUCCAUAUCGUCAUAUCCUUGAAAUGAUUGAUGAUGAACAAGCAGAACCAAUGCAAACAAAUUAG